UGAGACAAAUCAAUUCUGUAUCUUUCUGUCUUAUUAACUAACAACAUUAGCAGUCUGUGCCACUUACCUGAUGGUAUUAGAGAGUGAGAUUUUCGGCUCUCACGGUGGAUGUUAACGUUGAUCCUUUAUAAACGUUUGUUGGCGUCUUCCUCGGUGUUGGCAUAUUGCUUCCGUGCGGGGGUUCACGUGCCAUUUACACCAGGUCCUGUCUCUCGGUCCCGUUUGGGCGAUGAGAGCAGGUUCCAAGUGGUUGGUGCCAAGCUAAGUUUUCCUGUACUUAGCGCUAACGUCCAGUGUUGUGCGUGUUGUCUCUGUGCGGAGGUUGUCACGUAUCAGCACAGGUCCUGUUUCUCGGUUCCGUGCGGACGGUGAGAGCAGGGCCGCGGACUUUCUGAGCUGUUAACUUCACUAUCUGUCCUGUCGUUCUGUCGCUCUUGUCACCGUGUUGCAACGCUACACCAAGCACACACGUCUCGUUACACACAUAUCGCCCCGCAACAUUCUCGUGGUGUGUAUAGCCGGAUUGUUUUUCCGGGUUGGGAUCUCGCGAGGGUGGUACCUAUCGCGAGAUUUGGUCAUGAGUCAUAAUUGUGUGGCGUGUGGGGUCCAGUUGCCCAUUGAGGAUGGACAUGAUGUGUGUGUACGUUGUCUAGGCGAGGAACCUAGCCUCUGAGGCUGUCUGUAAUCCCUCCUCCUGUAUGGAUUGCUCUAUUUUUUCAGAUGAUGGCGAGGAGGUCCUGCAUGACCACGCCAAAGAAAGCGAUAGACAGCAAUUCAGGGGUCUAAUCGAGAGGGCCUCCCGCGUUUUGGGGCUGGAACUGAGGACGGGUCAGGCCCCUCCCCCUUCACGCUUUAAUGAUGAGGAUGAGGAGGGGUCACUUGACACAGAGCCAUUUACAGUGCCUCUCCUCCCAGAGGUGGUGAACCUUAUGCAUAAGGGAUUUGAAAAGCCCACAGCUAAGUUAGUCUUUUCCGCUACCAACAGACGUUUGUCUGCCAUGAAGGAUAAGGACAAAGUAGGCUGUGGUUCACCACCUCAGUUGGACCAGUCUGUGUCUGCUCUUUUGUUUCCGGCCAGCUCAGUACUGGGUUCAGUUACUCUGCCGGGGGACUGUAGGAUGCUAGACGCCUCGCUAGUUAAAGUGCAUAGGCCUAUGGCGAUACAGACGCAACUGGCCAAUACUGGCUCUGUGUUAGCACUGUAUCAGCGGCGGCUGGUGCGUGAGCUACAAGGUGAGGCAGAUGCUCGUCUCAUUAAUGAGAUUCAGCUCGUCUCCAAAAUCUUAUCUAAGAUUAUGGAAGAGCAGGUGGUGACUGCUGGGAAGGGCAUGUCGGCGCUCUGGGUUGCUAGGCGCCAGCUGUAUUUGUCCCGAUCCAGGUUACAGCCAGAGGACAAAGAAGCUCUCUCUCCCAGCCCCUGGGUGUUUUCUACCAUGACCCAGGGGUUUCGUAUUCAGUUUGUUCGUCGUCCGCCAACCUCGAAGACCCCGAUGGUUUUCACAGUGGUAGACUCAGAACACAAGGCAGUGCUCCAGGCCGAGGUUUCUACCCUGCUAGAGAAGGGAGCGAUCAGGGAGGUGCCUCAGGGCAACAAGCAGGCUGGUUUUUACUCCCGCUAUUUUCUUGUCCCCAAGAAAGAUGGGAGUCUACGCCCCAUUUUAGAUCUCAGGGGUCUCAACAGACAUCUCAGGCGUCUGCCAUGCAAGAUGCUGACCGUCCCGAGGGUGCGGCAGUCCAUCAACAAAGGGGACUGGUUUGUCACCAUCGAUCUGAUGGAUGCCUACUUUCAGAUUCCGAUCUGGGACAGGCAUUGGCGGUUCCUCAGGUUCGUUUUCGACGGCAAGCAGUACAAAUUCCAGGUUCUGCCGUUCGGAAUUUCCCAGGCUCCUCGCACCUUUACCAGGUGAAUGGAGGCGGUUUUGUCGCCUCUGCGACAGAAGGGAAUACGGAUUGUGAAUUAUCUCGACGACUGGCUCCUUUGUGCACACUCGCAGGCUCAGUGUCAGGCUCAUUUGGCUUUCCUCCUGGAGCACGUAGAGCACCUCGGUCUGCGGCUCAAUUUGAAGAAGAGCAGACUGGAGCCUUCACAGCAGACGCAGUUCCUGGGCCUAGUGAUAGAUUCUCGGGCUGCGCUCCUGUCACUGACGCAGCACAGGCAGUUGUCCCUCAGGGCUUGCCUCUCCCAUUUCAGGCUGGGGGCAGGAGUCACAUGGAGACUGUGUCUCCGUCUUUUGGGUCUGAUGGCGUCCUCAGUGCAGGCCGUUCCACUGGCCCUCCUGCACAUGCGGCCGGUACAAAGGUGCCUACUGGGGCUGGGGUUGGGCCCCAGGAGUCGCCUCGAUACCAGGGUACUUGUCACGAGACGAUUGCGGAUGGCCCUCCGUUGGUGGGAAGACGGCGGGAAUCUUGCCAAAGGGAGUGUGCUAGGGCCGGUAACGCAUCGUUUUUUUCUCCUGACGGAUGCUUCAUUGACAGGCUGGGGCGCAGUGUUCAGAGGAAAUGGCGCCAGUGGUCGUUGGAGUGGUCCUCAAGCCACCCAGCACAUCAACAUGUUGGAACUGACAGUGGUCCAUCUUGGUCUUCGCCAUUUUCUGCCACACCUUCAGGGCCAGCACGUGCUGGUUAUGACAGACAGUGUGACGGCAGCCGCAUAUGUCAACAGGCAAGGAGAGUUGGUUUCUCCACGCCUCUGCGAGCUGGCUCGUCGCUUAUGGCUUUGGGCGUACCCAAGGUUUCUUUCACUGAGGGCAGCCCAUGUGCCGGGGGUGCAGAAUUGUGCAGCGGAUCGGUUGUCCAGGGGGGAACCGGACCCAGGCAGAUGGAGACUCCACCCUCAGGUGGUAGCAGGGAUUUGGCUCCGUUACGGACGGGCCGAGGUAGACCUGUUUGCGUCACGGGAGAACACCCACUGCCCACUUUUCUUCUCCCUGGGGAAGGACGAUCCUCCCCUUGGAGCGGACGCCCUUGCUCACCCUUGGCCACAGGUCCUGAUGUACGCCUUUCCCCCAUUUGUCCUCCUUCCGCCUCUCCUGAGGAGGGUGCACAUGGAGGAAGUGAGGCUGAUCCUGGUGGCUCCACAUUGGCCGCACAUGACCUGGUUCUCGGACAUCCCCCCAGUACUGGGCGGGACUCCAUGGGAGCUUCCAAUUCGUCUGGGCUUGCUGUCUCAAGCACAGGGGACUCAGGUUCAUCCCUUUCCCCAAGGGCUCAGGCUCUGGGCAUGGCCCCUGAAGGGCCCGAGCUGCUAGCCAUGGGGUUGUCACCUUCGGUGGUCAGUACGCUGCAGGAGGCGCGCGCACCGUCGACGAGAGCACUUUAUGCGCACAGAUGGAGGGCUUUUGUGGCCUGGUGCAGGGUACACCAGACGGACCCACUUACGUGCUCGGCCCCAGCUGUCCUGCGGUUCUUACAAGGACUCUUGGAUGCUGGGAGGGCGCCCUCUACCCUAAGGGGUAUGGUGGCGGCAAUCAAGGCAGCUCGGGUUGGGAGGUACCAAUUGCCUGAGGGUGUGGACAAAUUGAUAUCCCGAUUGCUCAAGGGUGCUAGGAGGCAUUCUGGUUUACGUGGUAGACCACCUCUGCCGCCCUGGGAUUUGGAGCUGGUCUUGCAGGCUCUGGAGUAUCCUCCUUUUGAGCCCUUAGAGUCGGUGGACCUGAAAUGGCUGUCCGUCAAAUCUGCCCUCCUGUUGGCGCUAGCCAUGGCCAAGAGGGUGGGGGAGCUCCAUGCUCUCUCCGUACAUGAAGAUCUGUGCAGGUUCUUGCCGGAGGGGGGAGGGGUGGUCCUGCGACCCAACCCUGCAUUUCUUCCCAAGGUCCUCUCUGCAUCGCAGCCAGGUCAGGAGGUCGUGCUCUGGUCUCUUUACUCUGCGCCAACGCAAGAGGGGGAGCGCGGGUACUCACUUGUGUGCCCUGUCAGGGCCCUUAGGGUGUAUUUGCACCGGACGCGGGUCCAUAGGCAGACUGACCAGUUGUUUGUGUGCUUUAGACAGGACCUUCUGGGUCAGGCACUGUCUAAGGCCCGUCUUUCCCACUGGAUUGUGGAGGCUAUCCAGCAGGCCUAUGUGGGGACUGGGGCGCCCUUCCCAUCAGGAGUGCGGGCGCACUCGACUCGGGGCAUGGCUACGUCUUGGGCGUCUGUCAAUGAGAUCUGAGCGGCGGCUACCUGGUCGGCCCCGUCCACAUUGCUCGCUUCUACCAGUUCAAUGUGGCUGCAGGCACUUCGUUCGGUGAGCGGGUGCUUGGGGUAGCCCGGCGGUAGUGACUUUUUCAUUUUUCCUGUCAGUCAGCCUCGUGGGGGCUGGUCUGAGUGGCCUCUCCACCCCUCUGAUUGAGCCUUUGCGUCUUGCGGGGCCAUCUGGCCCUUGGUUGUGUCUUGCACCAGGGCUGGGGCGCCAGCGUCCUGCGUCUUGCGGAGCUGGCUAGCUUGGGGGAUGUGUAUAUAGUGUACAUUUGUAUAUAGUUGGUUUGACGCACUGGGGUUUUUCUUUUUUGUAGAGCACUUUGGUGGCGAUGACGUCUCAUUCAAAAGCCACGCCAUACGUGUGGGGUGGUGCUGCUCUGUCCCUUCGCGGUGUGUCUUAAAGUUCUCCUGUAGAGAUAUAUGUAAUAUCUCUGAGGUGGAGGGGAAGCCUCCUUACAAUAGAGAACGUGUGUAACCAUGGUUCUCUGAGUAGGAGGCUUCCCCU